UAGACAGAGAACAAAGAGAGAGCUGAGUUAUGGAGACACAUCACUGUGAUACAUGUGGGAAGAGGCUUUCCUCAUCCAGUAACCUUAAGAAGCACAUGAGGAUCCACACUGGAGAGAAGCCCUACAGCUGUGACCUCUGUGGUAAAACCUUUAGCCAGGCUGGAACAUUCAGAGUACACUGCAGGAUCCACACUGGAGAGAAGCCCUACAGCUGUGAUCUCUGUGGUCAAACCUUUAGCUGGGCUAGCAGUUUCACAGUUCACCGCAGAAUCCACACUGGAGAGAAGCCCUACAGCUGUGACCUCUGUGGUAAAACCUUUAGCUGUGCUAGCAGUUACACAGAUCACCGCAGGAUCCACACUGGGGAGAAGCCCUACAGCUGUGACCUCUGUGGUAAAACCUUUAAACAGACUGGGGAAUUGACAGUUCACCGCAGAAUCCACACUGGAGAAAAGCCCUACAGCUGUGACCUCUGUGGUAAAACCUUUAGCAGUUGUAGCAGUUUCACAGUUCACCGCAGAAUCCACACUGGAGAGAAACCCUACAGCUGUGACCUCUGUGGUAAAACCUUUAGCCAGGAUUCCAAUUUGAAAAAUCACCGCAGGAUCCACACUGGAGAAAAGCCCUACAGCUGUGACCUCUGUGGUAAAACCUUUAGCUGUGCUAGCAGUUUCACAGUUCACCACAGAAUCCACACUGGAGAGAAGCCCUACAGCUGUGACCUCUGUGGUAAAACCUUUAAACAGACUGGGGAAUUGACAGUUCACCGCAGAAUGCACACUGGAGAGAAGCCCUACAGCUGUGACCUCUGUGGUAAAACCUUUAGCAGAGCUAGCAAUUUCACAUAUCAUCGCAGGAUCCACACUGGAGAGAAGCCCUACAGCUGUGACCUCUGUGGUAAAACCUUUAUUCGUUCAGCUAACCUUAAGAAGCACAUGAGGAUCCACACUGGAGAGAAGCCCUACAGCUGUGACCUCUGUGGUAAAACCUUUAAACAGACUUGGGAAUUGACAGUUCACCGCAGAAUCCACACUGGAGAAAAGCCCUACAGCUGUGACCUCUGUGGUAAAACCUUUAGCAGUUGUAGCAGUUUCACAGUUCACCGCAGAAUCCACACUGGAGAGAAACCCUACAGCUGUGACCUCUGUGGUAAAACCUUUAGCCAGGAUUCCAAUUUGAAAAAUCACCGCAGGAUCCACACUGGAGAAAAGCCCUACAGCUGUGACCUCUGUGGUAAAACCUUUAGCUGUGCUAGCAGUUUCACAGUUCACCACAGAAUCCACACUGGAGAGAAGCCCUACAGCUGUGACCUCUGUGGUAAAACCUUUAAACAGACUGGGGAAUUGACAGUUCACCGCAGAAUGCACACUGGAGAGAAGCCCUACAGCUGUGACCUCUGUGGUAAAACCUUUAGCAGUGGUAGCAGUUUCACAGUUCACCGCAGAAUCCACACUGGAGAAAAGCCCUACAGCUGUGACCUCUGUGGUAAAACCUUUAGCAGUGGUAGCAGUUUCACAGUUCACCGCAGAAUCCACACUGGAGAAAAGCCCUACAGCUGUGACCUCUGUGGUAAAACCUUUAGCAGUGGUAGCAGUUUCACAUAUCACCGCAGAAUCCACACUGGGGAGAAGCCCUACAGCUGUGACCUCUGUGACUAUUCAGGUAAAACAAAUAGCCAUCUGAAGAGUCACCUGCGUGUCCACAAUAGAAAAACCCCAAAGCAGUGAUG